CACAAACAAUUUGAAACCAAAAGUGCAUCUUUUAUCCGUGAAAUCGCCAAAAAUCCACAAAAAUCUUGUCAAAAUUCAAUUAAACAACGUCUUGACAUCAUCCUCCAUCGCUUGAAAAACAAAAAAUCCCGUUGCAGCUUCGGUAACUAGCAGAAAAUCGCUGCUAAUGUAAUUCAGGGUCUCCAUUCGGGACUCGAGCUCCAAUUUACAGGACAAUUUCGGGUGUUUAACGAUGUCUGUGACGAGUUUUUAUCGGUACAAAAGGAGAAAAAUGCUAAAAGCAAGAGUCUGAAACGGAAAAAGUGUAAAAAAAUAAAGAUUAAAAAUUAAGCAAAACAAUUUAAAUAUUUGCCAAGUGUUCCAAAGUGAAGUGAUUGAAAAGAUAUUUAUCAAUAAAUAUCGUUUAACUCGCUCUCGAGCAUCAAUCGUCACAUCGCCUUCGAGUUUCGGUUCUAAAUUUAACCGGAUCAUAGUUUUCUUCGUUUUAUCAUUACACAUCGACUCGCCAAAACGACCAAGAAACUGUAAUUUGUAUAAAUAAAUAAAGCAAAUUAAUGUGAAAAUUACUGUCUCACACAAGAUAUUUACGCGAGUGAGCAUAUAGUGAGCGAGUGAGUGUUUAUUUGCGAAAAAAAAAAUUGUUAUUAUUAUUACGCAUAUUAUAUGCAGCUCUACCUACCUACGAAUAAAUAAAUAGCGAACCAGAAGCAGCUGAAUUAUGUUGUGUCUAUAAAAAUAAUAAAUAAAAGAAAAAAAACGAAUAAAAAUUGAUUGAGUGAGAAAAUAGAGAGAGAAAAAGCGGAAAAUUUUCACGGGGUUUAAAUGUGUGCGGAGGGCCGAAAACGUUUGCCAUGGUUUCAGCAGUAAACAGUCCGGCAAGAAAGCAGCAAAAAAGUGUUUCAGUCCAGACGUUUGCGCACGAAAGUGAUCUUACGCUACUUUUGCCCUACGGCGCAUCGGCAAGCGAUCAGCACGGUGUUGUCUACGAAAUACGCAAAAUGGAGCCACGAGGCUCAACGCGAAUCCGUUCCAUAGCGUUUCUCUGUCUGUUCCUGGCUGUCGCCGGCAUCAUCGGGUUCGGCUACUUUUGUGAUAGCAAGGUGUGCGCUCUCUCCAAGCGCGAAGUAAUUCUAAACAGUCCCGACAUGAUCAUGUCGCACGAUGACGACUUUAUGCUCGGCGACAAUUACAACAACAACAACAACAUCCACAAACAAAGCACUGCGAUGCUCGUGGCAAAUCCGGGACUCAGUUACGACGAAGUGCUAAACGACGACUUCCAAUUCGACAUGAAUGCGCACGACGUCAUGGUCUUCCUGCACAUCCAGAAAACGGGCGGUACGAGUUUCGGCAAGCAUCUCGUGCGGGAUCUGGACUUGAAGCGUCCAUGCACGUGUCAGCGGAAGAAGAAACGAUGUUACUGCUUCCGACCGCACCGUAAUGAGAAUUGGCUCUUCUCACGAUACUCGACGGGCUGGAAAUGCGGUUUGCAUGCCGAUUGGACGGAACUUACGAGCUGCGUGGACCAGGAGCUCGACAAGAACGAGGGCGAAACGGCAAAACGACGAUAUUUCUAUAUAACUUUAUUACGGGAACCAAUUUCGAGAUAUUUAUCGGAAUGGCGGCACGUACAACGUGGUGCAACGUGGAAAAAUUCACGGCAUUGGUGCUUGGGUCGGCAAGCAACGGCGGAGGAAUUGCCUGCAUGUUAUCAAGGUGAAAAUUGGUUCGGUGUAUCAUUGGAUAAGUUUGCCAGUUGUGAAAGUAAUCUGGCAGCGAAUCGACAAACACGUAUGCUCGCCGAUUUGGCAUUAGUCGGUUGCUACAAUAAAUCAGUGAUGCCACCUGUGGAGAGAGAUCGUGUAAUGCUGGCAAGUGCAAAGCGUAAUCUUGCAGCGAUGUCCUACUUUGGACUUACACGCUACCAAAAGAUAUCACAAUACAUAUUUGAGGAAACGUUUAAUUUACGUUUUGCGAUACCGUUUGAGCAGCACAACAACACGGUAUCGACAUCGACGCUGAACAGUCUGACACCUGAGCAAAGAAGAAAAAUUGAAAAGCUAAAUGCACUGGACAUUGAAUUAUACGAGUUUGCGAAAAAAUUAAUGUUCCAAAGAUUUGAAAAGCUAAAAGCCAAAGAUGCCGACUUUGAAACGCGUUUCGCAAAUUUAGGCAAUAUCGCAUCGCGUAACGGUGCGACAGAAUUUAAUUGGGAUAAUAACCUCGAUGAUUUCGACUCGCAACGCAAAAAGCGGAGAAGGAGACGGCGAUAAUCCGGCUUGUAAUUAGUAGGUAACAUCAUCUAACUAACACACACACACACACAAUCAUUUAAAAAGGUAGCUGAAAAAUCUCGCGUUUUGACUCGGCGUCGUGAUACAUUAAAUAUAAUGAAACGUAAUUCUAGUAGGUAGCGUUAUACAAACAAAAACAAACAAACAUGAAAACUAGAAGAGAUAAAUUUAAAACAUCUUCAUAUCAUCGUUAGGAAAAUUUUAAUUGAGUCAUGGAAAUAUAAAUUUUUUGAACGAACACAGGCACUUGGCGAGAGAGAUAUUUAAACACUAAACUGCUGGAGUAGUCAUAAAAAUGAUGAUUAUUUUAAUUGUAUAAUGGUGAAAAUGAUUUAAUUAAGAGAAAAAUGUAAUUUGUUUAAAAGGUGCGGAAAUUUCAAUUAAGUAUGAUGCGCGAACGAAGAAAAGAAACAACAACAGAAAAAAAAAUUAAAGCAUCAAGUGCUAAUUUAAUUCAUGCCGCGAUGAGUUUAUUAAAGACAAUGAGAGGGGAGUUUGAGCGAUAAUAGCGGAUAAUUGGCUUAAUUGUCAAUUUGAGGACCAUUUAAGUCACUUUUUGGUCAGUUUGAAGAGAUUCUUACUCAUCAUUGAGAAAUUUUUAGUCAAUUUUAAGGAUUUGUUUUUAUUUUUUUGAUCAAAAAAAUUUUUAAAACUUUUAAU